AUGUUCAAUAAAUUUUUGAAAAGGUUUACUGCUCAUUUUAGCAUCAGCACUAUAUGCGUGAUUUGUAUCACUCUUUUCACUGGCGUCACUCCACAUUUAAAUGAAUUAAUAUUCUUAUCAAUUCUUCCGAUUCCUCCAGUCAUCAAAAUGAUGCUUGGAAAAUUAAAUCGAUUCCUGCAACUUCAUUGGAUGGUUAUAUUGCUUGGGAUAAUAUUUGAAAUUUUAUUUACAAUUGGAGUUGUUCGUUUAACAUAUUUUCUGACAAAGCAGGCAUCUGUUGAAUCAAAUAAAAUCACAAGUUCUGCUAUUCAAACGAGUACUGUAUCUACUUUCUCAGGAAUAUCAACUAAAUCACAUACUUCACCUACACCCAGAUUGUUGUCCACUUCCAGCACACUCGCUUCUGGAAACCGUACUUGCACUGAUGGCUUCACUCAUAUCAAUAAUAAAUGUUGGAAGUUGGUAACUGGCCCGAAGAGUAGAGCAGAUGCAGACAAGACUUGCUAUGAUCUCGGUGGAUCGACCCUUUUUUCAAUCAGAAACGAUCAGGAAAAUCAAGCUUUGAUGGAAUUUGUGAAAGAUCAGAAAGUCGAGAACCUCUGGGCCGGAUUGAUCUGUGAUAGACAUGGACCGGCUUGGUGUACUUGGGAUCUGCAAAGCGGGACCACCGCAGUUUACAAUAAUUUUGCUGAUGGAUGGCCGAGUAACGAAGACAAAAUCUGCAAUUAUUUCAUGACUAAUGGGACGCAAGCCGGCAAAUGGGCAAGUGCAUCGUGUACUGAGACAAUGAGUUUUGUAUGUGAGCUACCAGCAACUAUUUACGAUAAUACAUGCGAAUACAACUACGACAACUAUUGCUACACUCCAUACUUUGAAUUGAAACUUUCCAGCGAGGCGCAGACGUUUUGCGCAUCAUCGGGUUCCAAUUUGGUAUCAAUUCAUUCCGCGAAUGAAAAUCGUUUUGUUUACAACAUCAUACCACCCGGUACCGAAACUUCAAUUGGUGGAGUUGCAUAUUCAGACGAUUCGCUCCUAUGGUAUGAUGGAACACCUCCACUUUUCACAAAUAUGAUACAGUUGGAAAAUGGGAAUUGUCUUUUCCUUUAUAACGACUACGUUCACUGGUUUGGCAACAAUUGUCUGACUACUAAAUGUCAUUUCGUUUGCAAGCGAAGAAUUUCGGAAAAGUAG